AUGGCACAUGGACAAGUGGCGGGCCUCGGGGAGCCCGAACUACAAGCAAUCCACAAAUUAUGCCUACCUGAGCGGGACGAGGACUUCAACACAAACACACUUCGUCCAGAGAGACCAGAGUACGCCACACUCGUGAGGGCGGAACUGAAUCAGGGUUGGAUACGCUCUCUGCGCACAAUACAAGGAGCCGUCUUCAAAAAGCUUGACAUCCCACAACCAUACGACGGCUGGCUGUUCCCCAACGGCUGCUUAUUCCUGAUCUCUACCGCUGCUAUACUGUUCGACCAAGAAUGCAGCAGUGCUGUGGUCUCAGACCCGAGGACGCUCCCCCCACUAGGUCCCCACGAAAUUCUACCCGGGCAUGCUUCCAAAGCCGACUAUCAGCUGAUGACCUUGUUCGACCACAUGUUUCUAGUUGACUACGGCUUUGGGGAACACCCUUACAAGGAAGCCGCAAUCUUUUUUAAGGACUACACCACCCUGCCAGAUUUUCUGUCCUUCGGCCGGCUAGUUGCUGAAUUUGCUUACGAUUGCCGGAACGACGCCAUUACAAAACCAUAUCUGCUCAAAGCAAGCAAGCAAAUAUCCCGGUCUUUGUACUGGCGGUCGGAUCGUAAUGCCGCGGAAAUUGCGAUCAUGGCCUAUUGGCUUUAUACACGUCGCCGAGAGAUCAGUUCCUCAGAGUACGAGGUCGGAUUGACGGGGUAUACUGGCGUAAUCCAGGAGAUGGUUUCCGAGAUACCAGAGAAGGGAGCAGGUCGACUCAGGCGCAAGCUAUCUGUCGACGUGAACGAACUUAUCCCUCACUUCGCAUCAAGACAUCUAAGAGAGCUGCUAAUUGGAGCUGCUCGUGACUUGGCUGCGCAACACGGCUUAUCUCUCACCACCUCUUUAGAGAAUGAAGGCGGAGUCAUUGCAACUCCAUGCUCUUGCGGCACGUAUGUCGCUCGAGAUGGGAGUUCACCUCAUUUGGGCAGUCACGAAAGCCGGCCAGGAUCCUUGUCUCCCCGUGAGGUGACACCACCACCAAGCUAUGAAGAAGCCAUGAACGGACAAAUUCAUUGA